AUGCCUAGCCGCACCCCAACCCGUCAGGAAGAGUCAUCUCCGGCCACGGGCAACCCAGACUCAAUAUACCAUCUAGCCCAUGAUUGGGGCAGCGUCAACACUAUUGAGAAUAGAGGAGACCAGAUGGAGACCGAUUCUGGGGAUGAUGGCCGUUGGGAUCCCUUGACCGGCCGGCCGGGGGAUAUAGAUGACUCUGAUGACAAUGAUGAAGACGACGAGUUCGAUGAUAGUGACGAGGACCAGCACGACGUAGAACUUCAGUUUUCAGUCCAUGAGACGCCAGGCAACACGGCUACGGGUUCUGGUGGAGAGGGCCAGAAUGACAGACCAGGCCGUGUAAGAAGUAUGGGCUGCAAUAUCUCCCUCGCGUGGAAUCUCCAAAUCACUUUCCCUUUUGGCUUGCUGAUCGGAUUGGUGUUAGUAACCACGGCACAAUUGUUCCGCCUGAUCGGAGCCAAUGAACUGCAUCGUAUUUUACAAGGCCAUGGAGUGCUGCGAUCGCGAUCAAUGGAGGAUGGCGCUAACUAUGAUAUAUAUGGGUUAUAUGGCAACCGUCGCGCAAAAAGAACAGGACCCAGUAAAUACCCUAAGCCUCCAAGCCAGGUAGGGCAGGAGCUGAUGCGUUCUGGGGAUUAUGGCAGUAACCCGCACUACGUUGACAGGUUGAAAGGUCGAAAUAACAAGCUGGCAACUAGACUGAUGUAUAGAGAGCUGGGGGCAGGGCCACGGGGGACUGAACUUCGAUCCUCUCGUGAACUAUCCCAGGAUCUAAUUCCUGGUUCUUCCGCUGAUACUAUCAUACACUAUGAUAACCCAUGCUACUCGGGCCAAUUUUCUGAUGAUGGGAACUUCUUCUUUGUGUCUUCUCAAGACUUCAAUGUUAGAAUGUAUGAUACGUCGAAUCCAUAUAUAUGGAAACAUUAUAAGACUGUCGAGUAUCCCAUUGGCCAGUGGACCAUAACAGAUGCUACGCUAAGUCCAGACAACAAAUUUCUGGCAUAUAGCUCGAUAAGGAGUGUGGUUUGUCUGGCUGGCACAGACCCCUCGUCAACAACGGACCCAAUCCUUCUACAUUUCGAACAUGGCCCGCAAAAUGCGCCGCUUAACGCUAUAUUCGGAACACGUUUUGGGAUAUGGUCCGUCCGUUUCUCGGGCGAUGGCCGAGAAAUAGUAGCUGGGACUUCCGCCAAUUCAGUCCUUGUUUACGAUAUAGAGACUCAGAAGACAGUGCUCCAAUUACGCAAACAUGGCGAUGACGUUAACGCCGUUUGUUACGGAGAUAAAAUGUCACCUCAUAUCCUAUAUUCUGGCUCUGACGAUUCUACCAUUCGCGUAUGGGAUCGUCGAUCAAUGGCCGAUGGCCGAGAAGCUGGUAUCUUCGUCGGCCACACAGAAGGAAUAACGUUUGUAGACAGCAAAGGAGAUGGGCGAUAUGUGCUUUCCAAUAGCAAAGACCAAACUAUGAAACUUUGGGACUUGCGAAAGAUGGUAACCACUGCUAAAUUUGCUGACAUGGACACAGCCAGAUACUCAACGAGCUUCGACUACCGAUUCAGUCCGUAUCUGGAAGAGGAUUAUACUCCUCAUCCACACGACUGUUCUGCGGUGACAUUCCAUGGCCACGGCGUGCUUCGAACCUUGAUACGCUGCCACUUUUCGCCGCCAGGAAGCACGAAUUCAAGAUACGUAUACACAGGCAGCCAUGAUGGGAAGGUAUACAUAUAUAAUCUCGAUGCCACCUUAGCCAAGGUGAUUGAUGUCGGAGAAAUUACUCGUCACACCUGGUCGGAUAAAAACUUUGCCACUUCUUUAAAUCUAGACUCUAAAGAGGUCAAAGCUUGUGUGAGAGAUGCCAGUUGGCAUCCUAAUGCUCCAGUAAUAGCAGCUACCUCAUGGAAUGGCUGGGGCAUGUCGGAGGGAACAUGCACCGUUCAUUCCUGGACUGAUGGUGCAUUGGAUGAUGAAGGUCUUCCUGGGAUGGGCUGGCAUUGGGAAUCUGAACUUCAAUUGCCGUCAGGAAGAGGAUGA